AUGUCAACUCUUCUGCCCUCCAGAGAUAAACGGCUAUCGCCAACGCCGAUGGGAGCUUCCACAUACCACCACGAUCCUCUUGUUCAAGUGGAGCGGCAAUCCAAGCUCAUCCAGAGUAAUCUCCAGACCUUAAUUGAUGCGCAGAGCGAGCGCCUUCUCUCAGGCUUGGCCCGAGCCGAGCCAGACAACACUUCGGACGGUAGCUUCACACCUACCUCUUCCCAAGCUAGUCAAGCUCGGUCUUCCGCCAAUAAAACCGCUAGAAAGUCCUCAACCAAGAAGAUCGGGCUUCAUGCAGCGCGGCAGGGUAUUUUUCAGUCCAUCUAUGACCUACUGAAGUUGCGAGAGGAGGAACGGGAGAUCCUCUCUGCUCAAACAGACGAACGAGACAGCGCACUUCAAGAACUUGAGAGUUUUACCUCACGACGAGAUGGGUUGGAAGAGGCUAUAUCUACCAUUCAUACCGACCGGGAGAACCAGCGCGCUGAAGAAUUGGAAGAAGAGGCUCACCACCUCGAGACUGACAUUCAUGAAUUGGAGACCAGGCUGUAUGAGAUGAAAGCCAAGCAUCGAUACCUUGUUAGCGAGAUUUCAAAUGUGAAAAACUCGGUUGACGCUAAACUAUCCUCCUAUAAUGAGUCCAUGUCCCUCCUCGAGUCCAACAUCCGCAACUACCUUCGCAAUCCACCUGUUCAGCCCCUCUCGCGUACAAUCAACUCCAGCUUCUACUCCUUGAACCCCGAGCGUCGAACCCUCGAAAUAGCCCAAGACAACUGGAGAUUAGAACAGGAAGAUUUACACAGGAGACAGCAAGAAGUGGAUGCAGAGAUUCUGGCCCUCGAGGAAGGCGGUGGGGUCUGGAAACAAGCCAUGGCUGACAUCUCUGGCUUUGAGGAACGCCUUCGCGCCAAUAUGCGGCACUACAUUGAAUUACAGGAGCAAGCGGCCGAUCCGAAUCAUCGACAGGCUAAGGAUACAACGGAAGAAGUGGCUGCCAACCUUGCGGAGGAUCUGGAUAAGACCACACAGCGCUUGGAUGCGCAUUUGGAGCACGCGGAGGAUAGAAAUUGGAAUCUUUUAAUUUGCUGUAUUGCAGCCGAAUUAGAAGCGCUGCGAGAAGCGCGCAAGCUGCUUCUUCCAGCCUUUGACUUGCCUGUACUGGGCGACGAGGCUCCAUCUGGCCAGUCGCCGUCACCGACACGCGCGGGUGACGAUGAACUUUCGCAAGAAGAUCAAGACCAGCUUGAGAAUGAUGACCCAGAGCCGCCGGCCGAUCUUUUGAGGGAUGAUCAUCACACAGACACGUCCAGAUCGGAGGAUGAUGAGCCUGACCCUGCAUGGCUACUCCCUGAAUCUUGA